AUGUACUUCGAAUCCUAUCUCCCCAUCCCAUCCUUUCCUGUCCUACCUGCCUAUCUCCUCCACCUCGAUCCCAGCCUCUAUUUCUCAUCCAUACCUCAGAGGUGCCGCUCGUCUGGUGGGCCGUUACGCCAUCAUUGCAAGGUGGCACGUCCAAGUCCCGUGCUUGGUGCUUUGUUUGUUGAUUUUGUGACCGUUGUCACGCCGCCAGCGUUUCCUUCUGUACUAUCAUCUUCAUUCAACGCCAAUGACGGUCUCCCCUUAUGCUUGAGAGCUAAGGCCGGUUCUGUUCAUAAUCAAGAUUCGGGUGAAGGAUCCCCCGCCAUCGUGCCCAGUCCUGACGCUGUACGUGGUAGGGGAAUGGAGCCGAAACAACCUACGGACGAUAGGCAUGCGGUGAAGACUCCUGACAACUGGGAGAACUGGACUAAGGGCGGGUUGCUGAAGAGUGUUUCAUGGCGGGUUAUGCCCUGGUACGCAAGCGUCAAGCUCGGGGUGGAUGCGGACAUCAACGUCAACGGCAGGAGGGGUGUGCGUGGGGAAACGACUGAGGGUAUGCAGACAGGAAGGGUGGCAUGCACAGAGAUGAUUGAGACCAAGGUGGACGCGCGGACAAGGGUAGGGGUGGUUGUGCGGAGUGACGGGUUGGUGUAUGCGGGUUGA